AUGUCGUACGGAGCCUCUAACACAGGAGCCAAUACUGGCAUAGAUCCUUUAAGGGCCUCUUUAUGUGCUCAAAAAACAAAAAACAACAUAAGAGGAUGGUAUUUUUAUUCCUUUUCAAGUGAGCCGUUCGCUGUCUCUGCAGUUGCCACAUAUAUUCCAUUGUUGUUAGAGCAAUUUGCCAGAAUGAAUGGUGUUUUAGUAGAUGAUCACUCCAUUUCGUGUUCAGAAAGUCAUGAAAAGUGCGUGCUAGGCCUAUUUGACAAUCGCGUUUUCAUUGAUACUUCUAGUUUCGCCCUUUAUACCUUUUCUGCCAGUGUGUUGUUUCAAACUAUACUUGUAAUAACUGUCUCAGGCCUAGCCGAUAUUUGGAAAUCGGUCAGAUUCAAAAGUAAGGUUUUAAUAUUCUUCGGAGUUUUUGGUUCUUUAUCCCUUAUUUUGAUUUCACAAUUGAAUAGCAAUCAAUACUAUUCGCUUGCCCUGCUAUGUAUUACUGCCAAUACAUGUUAUGGGGUUGUGAAUGUAGUAGGGAACUCUUUGUUGCCGUCAUUCGUGUCCGAUCUCAUAAAAUAUGACUCAUCGCAGAUGAACAAAGACGUCGAUAGUCUAACAAGUAUCAUAAGUGGUUGUGGAGCUAGCAUAGGUUAUUCAAGUGCACUUUUCGUUCAAGUAGCUACAAUGUGGCUCAUAAAACGAAGUAAAUCGCAAGAUAACAUUCAAUUGGGAGCUAUGUUUGUUGGCCUGUGGUGGGUCGCGUGGCAAACUCCAAUUUUUUGGUUACUUGCAGAUGUCGAGACGCCAUCACUCAUUGUAGAGGCAUCUUCCGAUGUCGACGACUUUUCUCAAUCUUUAUUCAAAUGGGAGUAUAUGCGGUACGGCUGGACUUCUAUAUUUGAGGCGAUAAAACAUGCACGGUUAUUAAAAGAUGUUGUGAUUUUUCUGAUAGGCUGGUUCAUCAUCAGUGAUUCCCUUACGACAAUCAAUUCUACUGCCAUACUUUUCUCCAAGACAGAAUUAAAGAUGAGCACUCUUCAGCUGAUUGUAAUUAGUAUUUUGACCAUGGUGAACGCUAUUAUUGGCGCUUAUUUCAUUCCCCAUUUCAUCGCACAGAGAUUCAACUGGUCAGCCAAAAAUACACUCCUCUACAUUAUUUGCUGGGCUAGUGUCAUUCCGUUAUAUGGUAUGCUAGGUUUCUUUUUCAACAGUUUUGGUUUGAAACACCAAUUUGAAAUGUAUAUUAUGGCUUUCUGGUACGGUAUUUCGCUCGGUGGCCUUUCAGCAGUGUCCCGUUCGUUGUUCAGUUUAAUAAUUCCAAAGGGACGUGAAUCUACUUUCUUUAGUUUAUUCAGUAUAACGGACAAAGGAUCAUCGAUUGUUGGACCAGUUUUGGUUGGCUUCCUGACUGACAGAACUCACAAUAUAAGAUAUUCUUUUUAUCUGCUUUUCUUCUUGCUGGUUUUAUCUUUACCAGUACUGAAUACACUAAACAUCUCAAGAGCAAAAGUGGAAGCACAAGAAUUAUCCAGGGUUGAAACGGAUGUUCAGAUACUCCAAAAUAGCCAUUAG